CUCAAGGACAGGAUACCGACUGCGGGCUGAAGUGAGAGCUUCCAGCUUGGCGAUAGUCUCGAUGCAGUGCAAUGCACGUGUUAGUUGUUCCUUGAGCCCAUUAUGACAGUCGACAGGCACUGCGAGAGCCUCGAAUGUGCAGGAAGAUCCUAGUGGCUUCUGGAAGGUGCUGGCUUCUGAUUGGCCAGGCCUCCCAUUUUCUAACCUCAUAAGAAGGCUGUGAAGAACAUUUCCAGACAUUGACAAGUACGAUCACUGCGUCAACUCAUAUCUUCUAACCAAAACACAAGUCUUGGAGACUACUAGACAUCUCUCUCCUUUGGGAAAUUGGUCCAUACCUAAACGUCAAACAUGGAACCUGGACUGAACUCGCUGUUACAAUGGGGUAUCGAGAACUCGGACGCUGGUCGAAACCCGGAUCAGCCAGCCCGAGAACCCCGGGGUCUGACAGCUGAUGUACUACGCUCGUUGAUGGGCGGGCCAAGCGACGCCGACUUGAUGCGAGAAGCCAUGGCCAUCAUCGGCUCCUCCGACCCGGAAGUCACGCACGACGCGAAAAUGACGGCCUUUGACAACCUCGAACAACUGGUCGAAAACAUCGACAAUGCCAACAACAUGGAGCCGCUGGGCCUGUGGACGCCACUCCUGGCGCAACUCGAGAGCCACUCGGCCGACUUGCGACGCAUGGCGGCCUGGUGCAUCGGCACGGCGGUCCAGAACAACAUCAAAGCCCAGGAGCGGCUCUUGGCCCUCAACGGCAUCGACAGACUCGUCCAGGUCUCCCUCGAUGACGCGGACAAGAGUGUACGAAGAAAAGCCGUGUACGCACUUAGCUCGGGCAUCAGGAAUUACCAACCCGCCAUGAACGAGGCGGUAAAGCGCUUGCCCAAGGAUAUUGUCGGCCCAGAUCAGGUCUCUGCGGCGGAUAUGGAUGUCAUUGAUGCCAUCAUGGGCAAGCUCAGAGAAAGGGAGUGAGUGAGGCAAGAAGCAAAAGGGAGAUACCGACCGGAGAAAAGUUCAAGUGGCAAUACAUCAGUCCUGUAGAAGAGGACCGAAAGACACAGUCCACCGGCGGCAAGAGAUGUUUGCCCCCCCC